CUUUAUUCUCAUUGCAUUGCAUUCAUUCAAAAAUGACAGCGGUUUCUUGUUCUAUCCGAAUUUCAAAUAAUAUUUCGCGUCAUGGGAUGCAUUUUCAUCACCAAUGGACUCUUCCCAAUCCUCAGAGAGUAGCGACAAUGCGGACGUUGCCCACAUUACACAAACCUACAACAAGGCCAUGCUAUGUCCAUACACAUGUCUUUCCUCGAAAGCUGCCUCAAAGUCGACUAUUGUCCACACUUGAUGCAAGCGCAGCAAUAUCUUAUCAACCAAAUCUCGUUCAAGAACAUCUACAUCCAACCACCACCGCUACUGCUGGCACUUCUAGUUCCUCUGGUCCUUCUAAUGCUUCUGCCGCUACUACUGCUUCAGCUACUGCCAAUACUACUGUUGCUCCUGAUACUGCUACCACUACAACUGUUACUGCUGGGACUCGGUCACCAUCUCAUAUCAACAUGCAGCGAAUAAAACUUGUUGCCACCCGUAGGGAAACUCCCUUAUCAAUGGCUCAAUGCCUCAAACUAGGUCAGCAUCUCAGCUCGAAGGCUCUACUCAAAAACCUGGCUUUCUUGAACCGAGAGCUCCCUGUUCGAUUUUCGAAACGGAUCAUUGAGCUUACUAAUCUACCUGGUGAAUUAAAGGAGACUGAGCCAUUCAUGAACUUGAUCAAGAACUAUUCCAGGUCAUUUGAAGAGUUACAGACCUUUUCGGACAACGGUCACCUUUUUUUCCUCUCCUCCAACACCUGUCUCCGUGACGAUCUAGAUAUAGAUGACAAGGAGUCAUUGAAGUUUUCCAUGCAAAAAGAAUAUGCUGAGCUACUCCAAAAUAUUACAAAUCGUCACAAGCAAGAUGUGAUUAGUAUGGCGCAUGGAAUAAGUCUCUUCAAGCGUUAUCAAGACAACCGCAACAAGCCUUCAGAGGAAAUCCAGCACUUUUUAAAUGCAUUCAAUCGUGGUCGACUUGGAAUUCGAAUCAUGGUCGGACAUCAUCUGGCUCUACAACAUCAGUUUUAUCAUUUGAAUGAGCCUUCCUCUCCUCCCUCAGCCCCACCCCCAGCUUCAGCUUCAGCAUAUCUCUCAACCCCCUCAAGCGCUCAUUCUCAAAGAAUUGGUAUCAUUGAACCGCAAUGUGACAUCGAGGCAUUGAUCUUGAAGGCAGCUCAGUCAGCUCAAUUUGUGUUCUUUCAGCAUUACAAUACUGUGUUCCCACCAAACAUACAUAUUGAGCAUGUAAAAGAAGUUGGAGGCAGGAAUGUGCGAUUUCCAGUUGUGCCUGCGUUGUUGCAUCAUAUCUUGUUUGAAUUGCUGAAGAACGCCAUGCGCGCUACCGCGGAAUUCCAUGGAUUGGAUCAAUCAACUUAUCCAGAUAUUCAGAUUAGAUUAUUAUCGACUGCGAAUGGUGACCUUAAUAUUACAAUUAAAGAUUAUGGUGGAGGAAUGCCUUCAGAAAAAGUAGUCAAGCCUUUCAAUUAUAUGUUCACGACUGCAUCCAACACUGUCUGUAUCGAUUUCCAUUCCAUAAUGACGGCGGUUGAAAAGAAGCCACAUAAUGCCACGCUGGGUGAGAAUCUGCCACUCUGUGGUUUCGGAUUUGGUUUAGCUACAUCCAAACUGUACGCUCGACUCUUCCAUGGUGAUUUGACCCUAAACUCAACCACAGGCCAGGGUACUGAAGCAAAUAUCACACUGAAGCGAUUGGAGGAUCAGAUAGAGCAACUGGAGGAAGCGUGA